AUUGGCCCCAACUUUUGCGUCACUUCCUAAAUAAGGAGGCAUGACCCAAUCUGUAGGACAAGUGAAAUUAUGGCGUCCUUAAAGUGUCUUCUGCGAUCAGGAAGGAAUGCUGUCUCUGUGGUUCUGCGAAGGGAAUUCCAUAGGACGUUGCCGGCUUCAUUGCAGGUUACAGUCCGUGAUGCAUUAAAUCAGGCUAUGGAUGAAGAACUGGAGAGGGAUGAGAGAGUGUUUCUCCUUGGGGAGGAGGUGGCACAGUAUGAUGGGGCUUACAAGGUCAGCAGAGGACUCUGGAAGAAGUAUGGAGAUAAACGCAUCAUCGACACACCCAUCACAGAGAUGGGGUUUGCUGGCAUUGCUGUGGGUGCAGCAAUGGGAGGCUUACGUCCAAUUUGUGAAUUUAUGACCUUCAACUUUUCCAUGCAAGCCAUCGAUCAGGUUAUCAACUCGGCAGCAAAGACCUAUUACAUGUCCGCGGGCCUGCAGCAGGUGCCCAUCGUGUUUCGUGGGCCCAAUGGCGCCUCCGCUGGCGUUGCGGCUCAGCACUCCCAGUGCUUCGCGGCCUGGUACGCCCACUGCCCGGGGCUCAAAGUGGUCAGUCCCUGGAACUCUGAGGACGCCAAGGGGUUGCUCAAAGCAGCAGUCAGGGACGACAAUCCAGUGGUGUUUUUGGAGAACGAGCUGAUGUAUGGGGUGCCCUUUGAGAUGUCAGAAGAGGCGCAGUCGAAGGACUUCCUCAUACCAAUUGGCAAGGCUAAAAUCGAAAGGCAAGGGGAUCGUGUCACUCUAGUGUCUCAUUCCCGGUUGGUGAGUCAUUGUCUCGAUGCUGCGGCUGUCUUGUCAAAAGAUGGCAUAGAAUGUGAGGUCAUUAACCUGCGCACUAUCAGACCAAUGGACAUGGAAACCAUUGAGAAAAGCGUGAUAAAGACCAACCAUCUGAUAACGGUGGAGGGAGGGUGGCCUCAGUUUGGUGUUGGAGCUGAGAUAUCUGCCAGAAUCAUGGAAGGUCCUGCUUUCAAUUAUUUGGAUGCUCCUGUUGCCAGAGUAACUGGUGUGGACAUACCAAUGCCCUACGCUAAAAUUCUGGAAGAUCAUAGUAUACCUCAGGUUAAGGAUAUCAUAUUCACGGUCAAAAAGACCUUGAACAUCUGAUUUUACCCUUUUAACAUGAUCAACACUAAGAUUUGUUUGCCUUGGAAUAUUUGCAGGUAGAUUUUGCUCCCCAUAAACUAAAAUCUGCUUAUGAAUCAUUCAAUAUUGAGAAUAUUUCAAACAGAGACAUCCGUCUUAAUGUUUUCAAUUUCGUAAGAUGGUGCAUGCUGUUACAUGUUGAGUUUUGUAACUAUCAGGUGUGUGAAUGUUGCAUAAUGUUUUGUGCAGUCAGAUGUUCACCUGAUUUCAAACUGAACACAAUUUAAUCUGCACAAUGGAUGAACAAGUGUUAUCUUUAAGAAUCCCCAUUUAAUGUGUGUCUUUAUAUCUCUGUCAAUUAUAAAGAGAACGAGACUCUGCUGC